UCAUUCACCAUGAGGCUGUUGCCGUGGCCGUGGAGGCGGCCGAACCACCCGGACCCGGCGGCGCCGCCGCGGCUUGAUGACGACGUGCCGGUGGCGGUGGGCACCCACCUCCACGUUGCGGCUGGUGGCGAUGACGACGACGCCGAGUCCACGGCGUCGUCGGAGCGCAGCCACCGGACGCUGCCGGUCCACGCCGACGAGGCGGAUCCCGCCGGGGACGGGGGACUCCAGGCCGUCGACCCUCGUCAUCACGAGGUGGCCGGUCGUGGUUCCGGUUCGGAGGAGGACGGGUGGAGCUGGAGCGAGAGCGAUGGCGGUGAGCCGGCGGAGGAGGCUGCCGCCGGGCACCGGCGGAGGCGGAGGGCCCCGGGGCGCCACCGCCGGGGAGGAGGCAGAAGGCGGCCUGCUUCCGCCGGCGUGCCGGCGCUCAUGGUCGUCGGGCCCGCCGCGGCGGUGAUGCUGCUCGCGCUCGUGGCGCUCGUCGCGUGGAAGAGGCGGCAGCGCCGGCUGCUAUAGUAGCUCGAUCACGCGCGGUUACUGCUGCAGUAACAUUUCUCCUUUUUCCCCCCCCAGGGUGGCAGUAACAUUCCAUUCCCUGGGAGUACGUGGCAGGUUGGCAGCCGUAGGAUCAGUGUGUACGAGGACCCGGGUGUGCGUAAAAGUUCAGGGGGUGAUUUUUUUUCCUUUACGACUUUUUUUAACAGAGGUGUGGUUUUCAAGCUAGAUAGUAUCAAAUUGAGGCAUCUGGGUUCCGUACUUCCAUAUCUUUGAUGGUUUUUUUUUAUGAUAGUCUAGAAAAGCGCGCGGUUUUGCAUGGUUUAACCGUGCAGGGUUCGUAUUUCAUAUCGUCGGAUUGCAGUUG